AUGGCUGACACGCCGGUCCGCCUCGGCUAUGAGGCUUUCGAGGUCAUCAAAGUCCCCGGCUCUACCGUGCAAUACGCAUCGAGAUAUCCUGCAUGGCGGCCAAGCGCUGACCUGCCCCCCGGUGUGGAGGAACAGCCGACCAAGACAAAAACGAAAAAGUCCACCACGCCAGGCGUCUUUGGUGGUGUCGUGUAUGCGCAGGCGCCGCUGGCUGCAGCGCGAGCUAUCGAGUUGGAGGAAAGGCAGUCGCAGGCACCUAGAAAAGGCUACAUGGGAAUACAUUCUAUACAAGGUGUCUUUACUGUUGCUGGCCAUUCUGAUCGGCCCUUUGUGCAUGAGGUAACGGCUAUGCACACGGGCAAGUCGUUUGCAACAAGACUGGUGCAGACAAGACAGCCAAAAACGCCAUCAGUCAUAGAUCAAGAAACGGGAACUUUCGAUCCCUCUGAUGCAACCAAAGAGCUGAACGGGGUGUGCUUUACGUGUCUCACCACGUUCAAACGGUCCGUGCCUUCUCCCGACAAUGUCCAGGAAAAGCAAUCGCCACAGGUUCGCUUCGCCAGCAUCCUCGCAAAGAAACGCCCACAAGAGUGGCAGCGACCCUACAUUGUCCACAUUGACUCGGUGCAGGAGCAAGUCGUACGCAGCGGGCAGAAGCCCGGCCCGGGCACCUUUCCCGUGCUGGAAAUGUACCGCGUCGACCUGUCAGACUACAACAAGGAUAAGGCGGUGCCGGAACGGCGUGAGCUGGUUCUCUAUCGACCAUAUGAGCCGAUCCCCCGAGACGACCCAAACGGCCACAUUGUCUGCCACGCUUUCGAAGCCGACAGAAACGGCAUCACCAUGCUCGGCUGCCACCUGGGCUACGGAAACAGAUGGGGCAGGGCGGCCAGCUUGAGCUACGCCUUUUACGUGCACGUCAAUGCGGAGGACGCGGUCAUGAGCGGCGACGGCUGGUGGGUUCAAGAGGCGUCCUGGCCGCGGGUUGCUGCUGGCCGCUGCACCAUGGUGUCCAAGAUUUGGAGCCCAGAGGGCAAGCAUGUUGCGUCGGGAUAUCAGGACGGCAUGGUGGUGCCCGAAGACCCUACCCUAACCAACACAGAGGGGCAUGUGGGAACCGCUGGUAUGUUUGUGACAAACCCCCAGCAUCUUGGCAUCUCCAAGGCAAUAUGA